GUGCGCAGGUGGUCUGCUCUUAUGCUGCGCAUUUCAAAUUAUUUUUAAAAAAAUUAACCAAGCGACGUGUAACAGUAUUAUAUAAUUUAUUUGUGUAUUUAAUCUUCAUAUCCUCUGGAGGCUAAUAAAGUCACCAUAACAAUCAUUAAGUCAACACGUUAACAAAGAGAUCCAACGCAAGAUUUUAGUUUAUAGAUUUCUUUCUGACUGAUAUAUAUUGUUUGAGAUAUGAAAAAAGAUAGCAAUGGAGGACAACCAUAACCAACAUUCAAUUUCAUCGGACAGCAUAUCAUACGACUCGAUCUCUUCCGAAUCUUUUCAAGAGCAGCCAGUACAGGGAAACAUAGUUUCUAGAGUGGCAGGUGGAGCAUAUAAUGCCACAACAACUAUUAUUGGUGGAGCAAAGAAUGUAGCGGUACCUGUUCUUGGCAAUGCUGCUUGGUUCACUGGCGCGGCGUUAACAACCUCUUUUGGAGUGGUAAAAAGUGUAGGCUCGUACGUUGUACCUGCCAGGUUUAAACCGGCUGGAUCCAAAGACAAAUCCGAUUAAAUCGGAUUAAAUAUUGAGUUUGGCAACUGCAGAAGAAAACGAGGCAAUGACAUCCGUGGUUACAACUGCAUUAUACAAUGUAAUUUUUAUAUGAUAUGACUGACUUCCUUACUUGAACCUAGUCCUUGUGUCGGGAAAGCGCUGGCGCUAUUCCUCGCUGCUUUCGUUACGAAAAUAAGGAUAAAGAAACUUCUUAGGCUUUCCGAAAACUUGUAUACAUAUAUUAGUCUAUCAUCUACACAAUCUGGCUCCUAGAAGGCCUAGGAACGAAGUUGUAAUCUACACAGGCUCAUUCCAAAAUUAAUAACAGGGAAACAUACAUCGUCUGCAAUAAAAGCUUAUAAAUUUAUAUAUAUUUAAUUUUGUUCUAUUUUAACGUAUUGUUGCGACAAAAAAUAUACAUGCAUUAAAA